AUGCGCUGUAGGUCGGCUUGCCUACUUGGCUUGGCUGGCACCGCAGUCCUGUCCAGUGCGCUGUCUCUGGAAAAGAGGGACCAGCCGGCGGUUAUUGCAUUGCCGUUUGUCCGGGACCAGGACUCUUUGAGCAAGAUCAUGAAGCGGUCUAAGACUGCUGGUGUCUCGAGCGCGUUCGGUGACGUGGACUUUCGCUCUAAAGUAGCUCCAGCAGUCCGCAUUUGA